UUGUCUCUUUCUAUUUGCGACAAAAAUAAACGACAUACGACUGUUCACCCCACUGUUGACACAGGAAGGACAAAGAAGAAAAGACGUCUUCACUAUCCUCCUGGUUGUGUACAUCCACCCAAAAAAAGAACACUGUUAGCGAACAAUUACAGGCCGUCUGCUCUCCGGGAUGCCCGCGUUGAAGAGGCAGGUUAUGAAGCUGUACAAGACGCUGCUGUACCUCGGUCGCGAGUACCCUCAGGGAGCCGCUUAUUUCAAGGGGCGCCUGAAGUCGGCCUUCAUGAAGAACAAAGACGUGACCGACCCGGAGAAGAUCCAGAAGCUGGUGGCCCGGGGCGACUUCGUCAUCAAGGAGCUGGAGGCUCUGUACUUCCUCCGGAAAUACAGAGCCAUGAAGAAGAGGUAUUACGACCCAGAAAAGAAAUAAUAAAAGCGCACAUGGAGGAGGCCGCCGGAUGAUACUUCAGGCUGUGAGGAAAAAACGGCCAGCUAGUCCGCCCUUAUCUGAUAAACAAAGCUUUUCUCACAGGGGAAAAGAAGGAUCCAUCCGUAGGAAGGAUAAUGAAGCGUACAGAAUGUGCUUUUUAUUUUUUUAUACCAAACUUCAAUUCACCAAUACUGUAUAUAUGUGUUCAUAUCCUAGAAACACUUCUAAAUGUCAGAAGCGUACAUAUAAGACUCACUGUACUUUGUUGUACAAUGUACAAUGUGUAUUUAUUCGCAAUUACAUGGUCAACGUCUUGAGUGAUUGUACAUGAUGGAAAGAAUUGUGUCAAAAAUAAAUAUGAAAGAGGCCAUUCUUCAACAAUA